AUGGAAUGCCACAACUGCACCGUCCGCCAACGCCAAUUCUACUGCACGACAUGCAUCAAAACCCACCUCCGCGACUUCCACUCCCAACACACGCACUACCAAAACGACUUGAAAGCCGUCAUCGCCGGGGCGUCCAACUCUUUAGCUAAUGUAGUCGAACCUGCGAGGAUGGCGCGGGCAAGGGUUGCUGAUAUACAGGGGAGGGUGGAGGAGUUGGUGGGUGGGUUGAGUGGUGUUAGGAGGGAUUGUGAACGGAAGAGGGAUAGAAUUAGGAAACUACGCGAAGAUCUCGCUCAGAGACGAAGAACGCUAGGCGCAGCGCGGAUGAUCUUGCGUCCGCCUACAUCGACUUCAACAUCGAACACCCCGACUCCGACGCAGGCUCCAACCACCGAAUCCAACACCAACACCGGCGGUAGCAACAACGUCUUCUCGCCGCUCCUGGCGUACGCGACGGGGCUGGUGACGCCGCUGACGUCGGGGACGACGAACCCCUUCCUCUCCACGCCGACCUACCCACCACCGCCCGGCUCGCCCGACCUCGGCGCACCCGCUUCGCCCACCAUCGCGCACUUGCAGCAGCAGCAUCCAUAUCCCUUCCACCACCACCACCACCACCCCGCCUCACCACACUACCCCGCCUCACCGCACUCGCACUACCAUUCCCACUACCACUCCCACGCCGCCCUCUCCCUCCUAUCUACGCCCAUACCCCCUUCACCCGCCUUCCAAUCUCUCUCGCAGACGCUCGUUAGGGCAAGGGUGGGGCUGAUACAGGAGUUGGUGGAGGUGUUUAAUAUCGUCGAGGUUGGUGGGCGGCCGAAUAUUGGAGGACGCCAGGGGACGAGGGGGGAGUGGACGAUUGGGCCUGGGUUGGUGUUGCCUGUUCCAGGGGAUAUUAGACGAUACCCGCCAGACCACAUCAACGCCGUCCUAACACUCACACUCCAUUUCGUCAACCUGCUCUCUUUCUACCUAGGCGUCAAGUUACCUUUCGAAGUCGUAUGGAGUGGUGGGAAGGUUGGAUUAGGUGUGCCGUGGAUUGGUGCGAUCAAGGGUGGGCCUGUGAAUGGCGAGGGGGGCGGGUCGGCGUCGUGGGCUAGGUGGUACACUAAACACCCUCUUCAUUUAUCCAAUUCGCCAUCCACCGCCUCGCCCGGGCUUUCCUCCCCUUCCUCAUUAUCCACCCCACAUUCCUCAUCCAAUUCCCAUGCUCCUUCAUCUCCGCAUACCGACUCGUCGGCGCCAUCGAGAACGAAGAGACCGCAAGCUCAACCUCUCCAGUCGCCCUCCUCGAGUUCGAGUUCAAAAUCGACGCCGACGGCGGGUGAGAAGAGUACGAGGAGGACGAGUUUGAUGGGUUUGGCUGCUGGUGUUGUGGGGUUUGCGACUGGUGGGCGGGUGAGGACUGUUUCUGGGUCUUCCGCGAGUUCGAGGGGUGUUUCGGCAGGGUAUGCGUCGUCGCCUUUACGACCAAGCGACAACACACACGGCGACGCGAUGGGAGACGGGAGGUCAGGGCAAGGGGAGGAGGAGGAUGAGGAAGACGAGGAGAGCAGGCGCGCGAUGGAGGAGAGUAUCAUUGCUGCUAUGCCUUUGCCUGGUCCUAGCCCUGUCGUGGGUAGGAGAGCGAGUUUGAGUGUGAAUACUGCGGUUGCUGCGGUGGGUGGGGCGAGGGGAUCGGGGCAGCCUGCUACGCCUACUCGUCAUUCGACUACUACUUCUCAUCCAACGCCGUCGACUCCGACGUCCUCCACUGCUACUCCCACAACCGCCACAUCAGCAACUCCAACUUCCAGUUCCACCCCAACAUCGACGACUUCGACUUCAACGACAUCCCCAACACCCUCAUUCACGACCGCCCUCGCGAUGCUCAUCUACAAUGUUCUCUAUCUGGGCCAUACGCAGGGUUUAGAGAUACCGCUGCAUGCGUGUGGGGAGGUUUUGAGUAAUUUGUGGCGGGUGUGUUGUGCGGGGGAGGGGGGGAGGUGGAGUCAUGAGACUGGGGGGUAUUCUGGGUAUUAUUCUGGGGUGUAUUCUGGGUAUUCUGGGGUGUACUCGGGAAUCGGUAUGGGAUUGGGAACGGCAUUGGGGACAGGAGGAGUAGGAUUGGCUACUGGAGAACCCACCACACCGACUACGACGCCCACUACGACGGCCACCUCCAGCACGACGGCAGCGACGACGACAGCAACUCUCCACCGCCUCCCCCCGCCCACUCCUCCCUCUUUCACCACCGAGUUUGGACAAGUUCUGCAGGUUAUAAGUACAGCGCAUAGGGAACGGAAUAAGGGAGUGAGAGUUGUUAGUGGACGGAAGGGGAGGAGUAGUUUUAGAGAUGAUUCUACUUCUUCGAGGGGGAAGGCGGCGAGUGGGGGAGGAGGGGUGGGAGGAACGAGUGGAGGAGGAGGGGUGGGAGGGACGAGUAGUGGAGUUGGGACGAGUAGUGGAGUUGGGAAGGAAUUAGGGGGACUUGGAGGGACGAGUGGGGCAGGGAGAGGAGGAGGGGUAAGGGAUGGGAUAGAGGAAGAGGAGGAAGAGUUUGAUGUAGUAGAGACUGAACCCUGGGGUGGAGGGGGAGGACAUACGAGUCCGAAGCAGGGAAGGAAGAGUGAUAGAGAUGAGUGGGAUUUAGUUGAGGAAGAUGAGUUUUAA